AUUUCCACUCCAAACCACAAGUGUGAACAUAUCCAAACCCACAACAAAAAAUUCAUCUAAAAUGAAUCGGGAAACAAAACAAUAUUACAAUAGAACGAUUUGGUUCGCAAUGCUGUCUUCAAUGGACGGAACUCACACUUACAAAACCGAUUUCACUGUAUCAUUCUUUUUGUUUGAUCCAAAAAUUAUUGCUGAGACAUCGGAAGGAUUCGAGAAAUCAAUCGCAAUCCUCACAUUGAUUAUUGGAUUAUUGGGGUUCGUAGGAAAUAUUGUGACUAUCUUCAAAAUUGUAUGCGAUAAACGGUUACAUACUCCAACAUUUCUUGCCAUCGGAUGCCUUGCAUUGCCAGAUACUCUAAAUAUCAUCGGUAUUUUUGUACGAAAAUUUUCCGAUUUGUUUAUUUAUGUUGUAAUUCAACAUGAUUAUAACGAAAGUAUGUUCGAAUUUUUAACCUUUUAUUUCCUAGACCAAACAUUUAUUUCUUGUUCAACUGCACACAUUGUGUUCCUAGCUAUGAUCAGAUAUUUACUAAUAGUUCAUCCCCUAGAGAGCAAAGUAAGACUAACCGUGCCAAUUGUAAUGUCAUGUUCUGUAAUGAUUUGGAUUUAUUCUUUACUCUUGUCUGCUUUCAUAUUAAUUAUAAUAGCAACGAUCACCGAAGAUUCAAUUGAUCGAUCUGGAAAGAUUAUGUACACAUUUAGUAUUCUUAGUAUUUUAAGGGGGUGGCUUGCUAUCUGUGCAAUCAUUAUUAUGCAUAUCAAAAAGGUGAUGGCUCUUAACAUGUCUUCUGUUACAAACACCAUAUGUCUAAGAAUGAAUGUUAUAAUUUGCAUUAUAUUAUCAGUUUAUGUUUUUUCUCUUAUUCCAUUUAUGUUAUUUACAUGUUAUUCAUUGUAUGUUGUGAAUACAGACAGUCUUUUGUCAUUUUCCUUUGUUAUAUACAUGUAUGAUAUUUGUUUAAUUUUUGGAAUUUUUAAUUUCUCUUGUAAUCCUUAUGUAAUUUUCUGGGCUUCACAUAUCUUUUUAUAAGCAAACGUAAUCAAGAUUCUUGAAGCUAUACAGAUGAGGAAAUGCUUUUUUUUUAUAUGUAUAGUAAUUUUAAAGAAAUUUGAAUUUAAAGAUUUCUCAUCACCAACUUGUAUUUUCAUUCAACUAGGAGUUUUAGAACAUGUGUGUAGGUAUUUUUGUUGUAAGUCCAUUAUUUAUACAAUGAAUUUACGAGAGAUUGUUCCGAUAUUUCCUGAUUAUGGCAAGGAGUACACGGCGGAUGUAACUGGUCGGCAGGGGAUGCUCACUCCUCCAUGGCACCUGAUCCCAUCUCUGUUUUGGAGGACCGUGUUUGCUCUGCGCCUGUUUUGUAUUGUUUUAUGGACUUUUGAUCUUGAAUACUGUUCGUUAUCUCUAUAUCUUUCAUAAAUGUAUUCUUAUGUUUAGUAUUUUUGCCUCAUUUGACUUUAUUGUAAAAUAAGAGUAAGUUUUGAUCAUCUUGUAAUUGUGUA